GUUUCAUCUGAAGACUCCAACACGGUUUGCUACGAAUCAGAGGAUGCAUCGCUGGAUCAGAAAAUGGAUUCCGAAGGUGAGCCUCCCUUGACUUCUAGCCCUCCAGUUGACAACGUACCUGCCGACGAGAACUUCGUGUCUCCUCCGCCAUGCGCUGGUCCGCCAGCUGCUGCAUCCUCAACGAAUGGGUCACCUGUGGAUACUGUUCAGGCGGACUGUAGUCGGCCAGAUUCCAAGAGAAUAAUGCGCUCAACGAGUAGCCCCAAGGAAGUGAAAAAGAAGAAGAAGCGAGUUGACAGCGACCACGUAAUGGAGCUUAGUACGGACUCCGGAUCUUCCCAGGAAUGAUGAUGAGCCUUUUAUUCUUCAUGCGACUAAGCCUUCUCACUCUGAAUGCCCAGGGAUUUAAAUGCCCGGAUAAGCAGCGUGAGAUACUGCACCUUGCUCGGGUGUCCUCUUGUGACCUAUUGCUCCUCCAGGAAACGAACUUUAGUUCGCCCAAAGACGUGGUCAUCAAUCACAAACUUCUUGACUCAACUCCCACGUGGGCAUCGUUGUGCCGGCGCUUCUCGAACUCAAACCCCUAUUCAGUGCGUACAGAACUGCUGUACUCUGUGCUGUGAACCGCUGUAAGGCAAGUACUUCAAACAGCAUGGCAGCUCUGCUAGCAGCGUUAGCGACGGUGAUUUUGCUGUGGGUGCAGAGUACCUCUGGUGUUGAUUGGUGUGCAGGCAAGAUGCAUCCUAUGACGAAGGCAAGGGGCGCCAGAGUUGCAACGUCGUUCAUAAUGGCUUGCAAGAAUACCUUGAUCAAUAUGAACAUAAAGGCAGACAUAAUAUAUCGUAACCUUCCACUGAUGUGUCACACGAUGCGGUUGUGUUACGGGUACGCGGACCCCUUUAAGAAUGCUACUCUACAAGAGCUGCGAGAAGAAUUCUGGGUCUGUUUGGAGAAAUACCUCAAGUUAUUGGAGAUCCUUUUUCCGGGCAUGUUAGCCGAAGGCAGAUUCAUUGGUGACGAUGCUUUGAAGUCUUUUGGGGCCUGCGCAAAAAAUCUGCUCCCCGCUGACCAGGACGAGAUGUUGGUAUUGGUAACAUUCCUCAAAGACUUCGUUACCGGAUGA